AAUACAGAUACUUGUUCACAGUAUAAAAAAAUUCGCCAUUUUCCAUUUUAAGCUAAAACCUUCUUAUCUGUCAAAAACUUAUUAGCACAACUUUACUACAGACCUAACUGUUAUCUCCAAUGCUAUUUCUGUUGUACAACUGUAAAAUCAAGUUCCAUUAACUGUAGCUAAGCUUUUAUGUUGAAAAGUUAGUAAACACGAUCGGAAAUAUCCUAAAGAAAGGAUUCUUUUUAUAGCAUGUAAGGCUUAAGCUAAAUUGAGUUCAUUCACAGAAGCCAUUUUGCUGCAAGACUUCCAAGGAGGAGGACAGAAUUUAAUGGAGCUGAAUCAUUUUGUAAUAGACAAGUGGCAUGAUGUUAUCUGUUGAAGCUUAAAUUUUUUCAGUAUAUUCUAAGCCUAUACGUAUUUUAAGAGAUUGUUCAGCCUCGGUAGCAGCAUUGAGUGAGGUCAACGAUCUGAACAACUCUACGAGGCCUGGUAAAAAAAAAAGAAUGACUUGUUAUAUUGAGAGCAGCCGCCUGCACUGCACAUCGACAAACGAAAUCCAAGGAUUGUCUCUUUAUUCCAAACCAGACGGUGGCGAUGAAAGACGAGUUUUCAUUUGUCCGUCAUUAAACGACAACGAAUGCAGUAACUUCAAUGGAGUCCGACUGAUAAAUCAUACGCAUGUCGAAAUAACAUUGUCUGAACAUGAAAAUAUAACUUUUAGAUGUGUGAUGAGAGGAUCGCAAUCAUUAGAGACACAGCGCUGCAGAUGGACACCAGGAGCUGAAAGUCAGAAUGGUACUUCAACGGUUGAGACACAUAUCGGAAAGAUGAAAGAAUUAACCCUUGGUAAGGCUGCUACCUUUAGUCCUGAACCAGAAAUCAAAGAUAUUUCAACCGAAACAAUCAUUGGUGCAGUUUUUGGAGCUCUUGUAGCAAUUAUUCUAAUCAUGGCAGUAGGAUAUCUGCUAUUCAGACACUUCAAGUCAAAAAGAAAUCUUGAAGGUCCUCGAAAACGCAGCAUUUCAUGUAUUAAGGCACAGAAAAGUGAACUAUGUGCCUGGUACAUCUGCGCUGACAAUGACUUAAACUCACAAGCUGCCGUUGGAGCAGAUGCCUCACCGACUCCAUUACUUACAGUUAACUCAGCUCAUACGCCAAACAGGGAGGAAGAAAAUUCAAAGAUGAAAGAUGACGAUGAGGUGUCAACAUCUGUCAUAAAAAUUAAGAAUGGAGGGUUAGGCACUCUUGGUGAGAAAAAGCACAUUAACGGUAAAACAUAAAGAGACACAGAAAAUCGUAACGUGCAAUGAACGAAAAAAGGUGGCAAGGCAGCUGAUACAUCAUCAUUAGUGUUCAAAUCAUGAGUGUUCGAUAACUGGUGAAAAAUCGUUCAAAGGACAAGAAGUCUGUGAGUGAGGUUGUGCCCCCUACCUUCACAUUUGCAUUUAUCAGAUGAAAAAGUCCUGAAUGGCGUUUAGAAAACUGAAGACAUCAAACUUUUUUUAAAAAGUUGGAGCUUUAAAAGAAAUCCUUGUUUGAGCACAUCUAUGUCAUCUUUAAUGACUUUGUUUUAAAAAAGUGGUGUCAUGUCUCUAAGUAAAUGAGUGAGUGAUGAGAGUUGACAGGAAGUGUUGAAUGCGAUGGGGUAUGAAGUGCAAAAAGUGAUCUUAUUUUGGUUUGUAAAUAGUUGAUGCCACUUCUAUUUAUGUCACAUUUCUCUUGUUUUAUGAGGUAUUUAUGUGGCAAUACAUGUUUUUCAAAUAAAGGAAAUUUUUUUAA